AUGGCGGAAGCUAACCGAAAACAUCUUCCCAAUGACGGUGGUGAUCCACCCAAGAAGAAGAAUACUACCUCCGCCGGUGGUUCUAAACAAGUCAAAAUUGAAGACACCAGCAACAGAAAAUCCAAGAAAGGUGACGUCGAAGAGGUUAACAUCUACAACCUUGACUUACUGAAUGAGAUUCUUGAGUAUAAAAAGUGGAAAGGAACAACCCCGUGUGAUAAUCCCGAUGAUUUGCGUGAAUUCUGCACUCCUUAUAUUCGAUUGGACAUUGGGAACGCAAGGGGAUGGAUUAGGAAAAUGAGAGAGCUGAAGACCAAAUUCAACGACGACAGUGAUCCGACGGAUGAUGUUGAGAAAGAGGAAUUCGAAGUGUGGAAGAAGAUUUGGGGGGGUGAACUAAAGGGCGAUGAUCAUGAUCCAGGUGUGGGUUCAUCUAAAUAA